UUUUUCAAAAUGGUGCUCCCUUUAUCACUCCUGAGGGCAGCUCAGAAUCACCCUAUGCUUGUUGAGUUGAAAAAUGGUGAAACAUACAACGGUCAUUUAGUCAGCUGCGACAACUGGAUGAAUAUCAAUCUCAGGGAAGUUAUUUGUACAUCCAGAGAUGGAGAUAGAUUUUGGAGAAUACCUGAGUGUUAUGUGCGAGGAAGUAAUAUCAAAUAUUUGAGAAUACCAGAUGAGGUAAUUGACAUGGUGAAGGAGGAUAUUUCAAAAAACAAAGGAAGAGGACGACCAGGUCGCGGUCGUGGAGGUGGACGAGGUGGAGGAAGAGGACGUGGAAAACCAAGAAAAGAUCAAGAAGCUGGUGGAGAAAGAUAAAAAUAACUUUUCGUUUGCUGUUAGAUGUAGCUCAUUGUUAGUGUACAAAAAACCAUAGCUUUUGUAGAAGCCAUGUAUUCUAAUAUUAAAAACCUUGUGUGUUUUGUUGUGUCUCCUCAUUGAGCAGAAUUACACUAAUCCAGUAUAUAUAUACAGUGAGAAUUUGUUGUAGAAAUUUUUAAAGCUCUGCUUUGCUUUGUUGCCUAUCAGCUUUAUCAGACCUGAGCUCAUCUUGAUGUAAUUGACAGAAAAAUGUAGUCUAUUCUUUAAAUAUAAAUCUAUGAUC